AUGUCAGACUACGGACACACGCACCAGCCUCUGCCGCCCGCGCCAUUGCGCUCAGCGUUGAAGAAUCGGGAUUCCGCUCAUCCUACACCAACAGCAACGCCGGACCUCAGGUCAUCGCGGCCUACCACUCCAAGUGGUACCAUCUCUCCUGCCUCGGAUUCACCCUAUAUCACACGUUUGCCGCUACCUGGCUCACAGUCAUCCCCUACCGCACUGGAUGGCCCCGUAGCACUCCCGCCGUUGUCGUCUACCAGACUGCGGAACUCGUUGCCCGCAGCUACCGGCUCUGGCGGUCUCUUCUCUCAAUCACGACAACAAGUGUCGAGCCCGCCGCCGGGGCCUGCAGUUCCGCCUUCGCCGUUGCCCUCUUUGCUUGGCUUACCACCCUCGUCGAGUUUGCCCAACCCGCUUUCCCCGACCGCAUCGAUUGCGGCUCAGGGGUACACCCCAAAGGUGUCUUUCGAUACUUUUGAGAAUCCUGUCGCGUCUAUGUUCUCAUUCACACUGCAAGUCAAAGCUGAUGGAUACAAGCGCACACGAUCAACUCGUGUGUUUCUGUGUGCUUCAAGUCCAGACGAAAGUGGAAGAGAAGCACUGGACUGGGCAUUGGAGUCCCUUGUACAAGACGGCGAUGAGCUGAUUGUAUGUCGGGGUGUUGAUGAAGACGUAUUAGAGAAGGACCACGAUAUCAUCCGAGAGGAAGCGCGUGAGUUCAUGCGCCAUAUCCAGGAGAAGGCAGUAGAAACGGAACCUGAUCGCAAACUCUCUUUGAUCUUGGAAUACGUCCCUGGUAAAAUAACUGACACGCUCGACCGUCUAAUUGCUCUCUAUCGUCCCGAUAGCGUUGUCGUUGGUACCCGCGGCCGAAGUGUGUGGCAGAAUAUGAGCAUUCCAGGUAUGUCGGGCAUGGGUAGUAUCGGCGUUGGCAGCGUCAGCAAGUACUGCCUCACACAUUCCCCGGUACCCAUUAUCGUUGUUCGCCCUGAACGCAAAGUCCGCAAAGCCGUUGAAAAAAGGCGUGCAGACCCGAAACGGGGCCGGCAUUUUGACGGUGAUCACACGAAACCUCCACCUCUGAGCCGACCCACCACGCGGUCCGCUCCUGUAUCGAUGUCACCUCCCACCAUGUCUUCACCCGUAGAUGGAGGCGAUUAA